AUGGCCCCCACACUCGAGCGCACCGAGACCGACAGUCUUUACUGUAACCCGACCGAGGAUGGUGGCUCCAUCAAAGCACCUCCCUCUAUCAAGUCUGUCAAAUCCACAACAUCCUCAACCUCGUCUACCAAAUCCGGAAGCCAGUCGACCAAGUCCAGAUCUACCACCAAAUCCAAAUCCUCGACAUCGUCUAUCCCCAAGUCAGCAAAUUGGAAAGCUGCAACGGAUCCACUGGGCAUGUCUUCCAAGGCCGUCGGGCCUGGGUUUAUGCCUAUGUUCAGCACACAUCUCUAUAGUCCCGGGUUUCAGGUCCCGACCGCACAAGCAGCAGUGGCUGCAAAUCCUAAGGCAUAUCAAAGCAGGCAGCUCAAGUUCGUGGAGAAGAAAAGAACAGGAUCGUCUGCAGCAUCGACAAAGUCGGGCAAGUCGGAAAAGUCAGGCAAGUCGGGGAAGUCAGGCAAGUCGGAGAAGACAGGCCCGUCUUCAUCUGACAAGUCUGUCAAGUCAUCCAGCUCCUCGACAAAAUCGACAUUUCUCUCAUCAUUCACUGGCAGCUUCAGCACCCAGGGCGACAGCGAGAGCAGCAUGGAUAAAAAGAUCCCAGAAACAAUAGAGGAAACGGAACCUCCCAAGAUAGAAGAGGCGACAAAGGAGACGGAAGUACCCAAAGAGCCGGAAAGCGGAUCCAACCCUUCUGACAGCAAACCGUCCUCCACUCCUCUGACGGGCGAGCUCACGGUCGUAGUGGAGGAUCACUCAUCGCACAAUAAUAGCGUGCAUCCGUUCGAUAACCCAGCCUCGAGUCCUAUAGCUGCGCUUAGAAGACCGUCAAUAGCAGAGUCACUUAGGAGACCGUCAAUAGCAGAGUCGAUAUCAAAUCUGCAACUACCGACGCAGCAGCUACAGCAUACACCGAACGAAUUACUGCUGAGACGGGUGACCAUUUGGGAGUACAUUGGGCGGGUACAUCAGGGAAAGAUUGCAUACUAUAACACGAUCAUGUUGACAGAGGCCGAUCUGCGGAAGUACUACACUCCCGAUCAUUUUCAGAAAAGAGCACAUCAAUAUUUUUUUCUGGGAACGUCGAUCGCCAAUGUCCUUGACAUACCUCGUCUUUCGGACUAUGCCAAAUCCCUAUCCAUGGUUCUGCAGGAAUAUGAGCACUACCUGUCUUUGGAAUCAAAGUCCAAAAAGAACUUCUUCAGGGGCGGUAAAAAAUUGUCGGAUGGCAGAUCAUUCGAAGAGACAGAAGAAUACGCGCAUUUUGAGAUUAGGACAGUGCCGUUCGAAAUGGACUACAUUAUUAUUUUUGCGACACUCUGCGAUAUGAUCUCCAUAGCCUACAAAAAGUUUGAUACCCACAAGGCUAACGCUGUCAUCGACUCGGAUGUAUUUCAUAAGAUUGAUGUCCGGCUCAAGAAAAUACUGAACACAGCAACAAAGGAGCUCGAGAACCUGACGCGCGAGGCCAUACAUGAAGAACUAAAGUCCUUAGACCCCCUCGCUAGUUUUAUUAUGGAGUGGGAUCAAUAA